GUGUUGUUGAGGUGUUUCAGCCAUGGCUCCUCGAUGGAGUUGAUGUCGAACACCGCGAAGCUCGUCGGAGGUGGGCGGUACACCGCUGCUGUGGCGUCGAUACCCUUGGAGGAGGCACACCCCAUUUUUCGAAUGCUAAGGAUCACUCCUCCUCACAGUUCCAACAAAACAAUUCCCCAACGGUCCAAUUUCACAUGGGCGCCGCUAGGAUAAAAAACAUGGAUACAAAUAAACAAACUAGUCCAAGUAGGAGACAGUAACGUGCCAUGACACACAAUGAGGACAAAUUUUUGGUAAGCACAAGGGAUUUCAAACUUGAAAUAUCAAAUAUAUAAAGCUUGGAACCAGAGCUCUCAAUUGAAAACAUUGAAGUGAAGUGAACCAUCAUUGAAAAAUGGGGAAUUGCUCUAUCAAGGGUGGUACCACUGGAGAAUGUCACCACUCUAUCCGAGUUCUCAGUGACAGUGGUGUCAUUCUACAAUUCAAAGAUCCUAAAACAGUUGGCCAAGUGCUCCAACAGUACCCUGGUUAUGGUGUUUUCCUCCAGGGUCAUGCCUCAUCACCUUUGCUGGAGCAUGAGAGCUUAAGCUAUGGUCUUCUCUACUAUCUUCUUCCACUGAAGAAGGUGCAGGUGGAACAAAAAAGUAGCUGCAGUGAUGGAGUUUCAGUGUCUGAUUAUGUUGAGAAUUUGUCAAAUGGUUCAGCUCUUGAAGUGCUUCCAUCAGCUCAGAAUGGGGUGUGGAGAGUGAAGUUGGUGAUUGAUACAAGGCAACUUGAGGAGAUUUUGUCAGAGCAGGUGAAUACUGAAGCUUUGAUUGAGAAGAUGAGAAUGGCUGCAACUACAUGCUCUGCUACUAGCCCUGCCAGGAGCAGCAGAACCAUGAGCAUUUGGAAAGUGGGGUGGAAGCCAACACUCUUCAAUGGAAAAUCUUGUAAGAGCAUUACUGCUGCAGGAUCAAAUUUGGAUUUGGGUUCUUGUUAAGGAGAGUGUUUCUACCUAUGGAGAAUGACUCGAUGACCAUGAGUAUGUUAGGUUUCCCUAGCAACAUGGUGUAUGAACUUGACUGUUAUCAAAUAUUGUUUAGGAAUUCUAGAUACAUCUAAGCUAACUGCUACUACUUUAGGCUUUCAUCUGUGAAUAUGUUUGGACGACUAGUCUAAAUAUCAAUAUAUGCUCUGGAUGUAAUGUAAGGAUUAGUAAACACUUUUCAAGUGUUGGUGGUAUUUCUAGAUUUUAUUUUCUGUUUCUUA